AUUAAAUAAUCACAUGGAAGAAAGAAAGGAACGAUUUGCGGAGAGUGUCAACGUACGUGUCUUGCAAGAAUACAUUAAAAUUAUAAAUUUGCCUAUACGCAUGAAAAAGAACUUUGACGUCCUGAUCGAAGAUAUACAAAGGAUAUUAGGGUACGAUGCGCAGGAUGAUAGGCAUCCCAUGGGGUGGCCACGUCCGUGUGGAAUUGGUUCAAAUACUUUCGCAAUAAGCGUCAAGGCUACAUAUGCAUUUUGGCGUUGGAGCAAACGAUACGUCAAACAGAUUAGAAUAGACUGUGCCGUCGAAAAUCGUGCUAUUUUCUUCUGUUUACUUCUACGUUUGCAAAUUCGUCAGUGUUAUCAAGCCGCACGAAAGAGAGGACCUGAAGUGCGUAUUCGUAGGAAUAAAGUUGAAAUAGUGGGCCUGGGGAUGUACGACCCUGUCAUCCUUGCCCGUCGCCUCAAUUGGAAAGUACCUGGUUGGAACGGGACUCCACUUUCUGAAUUACUGGAUAUGAAAUUGAAGAAAGAAGAAGAAGAGGGAAAGCUUGUAAUCGGUGAAUUACUUUUACCUGGUUUGACCAUUGAAGAACAAAAGGAAUCUGUUGGGGAUGGAAGCGCUGAUAUGGAAGUUGAUGCUUCAAACAAAGAAAUCUCGAAUAAGGAGAAUUAUUCUGAUGUGGUAAAAAAGAAGAGACGUUCUCAAGAGGAUAGUACUAUUCCAAAGAAAUAUAAGAAAGUUGCCUUGUCGAACAAUUCUGACCGCCCAAGCACUAGCAAGAGUUUCUAA